AUGUGUGAAGGAAAAAAACAGCGACACAUUAGUGGGGGAAAGGUGAAACUGGAGAACUGCAGCUGCAUUUUCAGUUCCGCGCUCACAGGACCCUGUCCUUCACGCCUCCACAGGAUGCUGACCCUGCCCCUGGAGCCUGGUCCUCAGAGCGGUUUGAUGGAUUCGUACGUCAGCUCCAGCUUUGGGAGCUUUGUCUCUGAGCGAAGGAGGAGCCCCAGGAAGAACCACAUAACCGAGAGAAGAGCGAGACAGAGACCCGCCCCCAGCAGCUGUCAAUCACAACCUCAGAGACCCGCCCCCAGCAGUUGUCAAUCACAACCUCCGAGCCCCGCCCAUUUACCUGUGUUUACAGCUGGGGCUUAUGGGACCGUCCAGUCCAGACUCGAGCCCCCAGAGGAGGAAAGCCCAGCUAUGGAGGAGUUGAGCUUUAGCAUCGCCUCAAACCAGUCCGUCCCAAACCAACUCCAGCGUCCCCAGAUCUCAUCCCUGAACCAGAACGCCGCGCCAACAGACCGGAGCGCCGCGCCGACAGACCCUGAUGAAACCUGCAGAAGCUGGGUCAUUGGCCCGCUAUUUCAGUCCUUCAAGUCCAAGAUGGCCAGUUUCACCGAGAUCGUCAUGAGCCCCGCCAAACUGUUCAAGGCCAGCAGCAGCGACAGCGUACCCCUUGUCCAGACCAGUCCCUCAGAGUCUGCAGACAUGGACCCAGACAUAUCCACAGUCCAGAGCAGUUCCUCAGAGUCUGCUGAGAACAUGGACCCAGACAAGUCCGUCCUAAAACUUGACUCUGAAGUGAAGUCCGUCCUGAGAGACAAUGUCCGCUUGGUGCCUUGGGAAACUAAACCUGAAGCGACUGUCGACCAAUGUGCCUUAGAAACCACCGCCUCUUGUCAAACUACUGCUAAUUUUUCUACAACUGCUUCAUGUCAACCUUUUUCUGAGGAAAAACAGACGAACAGGAGCUCCAAGACAAGAUCGCGGCCCACCAAAGUCACGGACUGCGAGGCCAUGAUCUGCGAAGGACCUUUGACAGAAAUAGAUCCAGAAAGUGUUGUUGCCCUCGAGGAUCGAAUCGCUGCGAGCCUGAAGGACAGGACGCCGGCCUCAAUUCUGGACAACGCCAAGUUGAGAAAAGUGAAAAGGACGUUGAAUUUGAGCGAAGAAACAAUAAAGCGGAAGAAAAGUGCAGCUAAGGUGGAAGUUGAGCCGGCAACAAAGAAGAAGCCAAAACACAAAUCAGAAAAGGCAGACGCAAAGGCCGCAACCAAUUGGAUUAAGAUGGACAGUGUUGAGAGAGAGUUCCCGAUGCUAAAGAAUGAAGUUAAUGGAGAAAUUCUGGAUAAAUUGAGAAGCAGUGAUGAUAAUAAGAGCCUCCAGGUCAAAGCUCGGGCCGUUAAACCAGCCAGGUUCUGUUUGGAGCCAUCUGCAGACGUCAAAAAGGGCAAGAAACGCAAAACCAGAGAUGAGACGAAAGCCGAAGUUGUGUGGGAUCAGAACUCUGAAGGGCACGUGAAGAAAACCAAAGCGGCGCCAAAGCAUAGCAUGACAGCUCCAGGUGGCCGAGCAAAAAAAGGCAAUAAUGCCACAGAGACAAGUUUUGAAACAACACCACAAGAAAACUGCGACUCAACAGACGACUGCGAUAUGCUCACAGAGGACCCCGGGUGGACUCGGCUGCUGCGCUCUCACUCGUGUCCUGAGAUCCCGGCCCUGCGGCUUGAUUCUUCCUGGACGCCGCACUUCCAUUCGCCGCCUCGCAGUCGCUCUCAGCCACCGCAGCAGCACAUCCUCCCCCUCAGCCUCCCCCCACCACAGCAGCACUCUCUCCUCCUCAGCCUUCCCUCUUCACUCCCGCACAACUUCCAGCGGUCAAAUCGCCGCGAGCGCCGCCACACAGUCUGCAGCCUGGAGGUGGAGCGUGAGGUUGCCCCCUUGUGUCUGCGCAAAGAGGUAUUUCCAACCCGGAGGUCCCCUUCCCUGUAUGAGGCCCGCUCCCCGAUGCGUGCACUCUCCCCGGGGGCCUCUCUGUCGGCCCUGGCCUCUGGGUUCCUCUGCAGCCCCCUGGCUUUCCUGUCCACACGCUCUGAGGGCAAGAGCAGUGUGCAGCAGGGCUCGUUGUGCCCCCACAUCACCCUCACCUCCCCCGUCUCACACAGCAGAGCUCACAACAGUCCCCAUCCACUGCACAGCCCCACCUAUCACAGCGCAUCACCUUCGUACCACAGCCUGGCCCCCAGCCUCCCCCAUUCCUCCCCCACGGCCUCUGCCUCCCCCAGCUCGUGCCCGUCCCUGGUUUCUCUCCUGGGCACGUCUCUGGGGCAGCUGCCGGGGCUCCACCUGCGCACCGACAACCUCAAGACCUCUGACCUCAGCCUCAGACCUGGUCCCUGUCCCUCAGAAACACCAGCUGCUGAAGACGAAGACGACACCAGUUCAAGUCCAGAAUCUGAGGAGCUGAGGGAGGAGACAACUCAGUCUGACUCUGAGACAAAGGUGCAGAAGGCAGAUGGACAGAGGAAAGUGUCGUCCAUAAAGAUCCGGAGAGCUCUGCCCAAACCACAGAACAAUCUCACGCCCAUGGGCCUCCCCAAAACUGUGAGGGUGAAGAAGAAGGAGUUCAGUCUGGAGGAGAUCUACACCAACAAGAACUACAGCAAAGCUCCAGAGAGCCGUUUGGAGACUAUCUUUGAGUCUCCCCUCAGCCGUAAGACCGGCGCGGCGGCCUGGUGCGGCCAGAAGCGGCUCAAGCGCUUCGUGGAGUUUCCAGAACUUGGCGAGGCGAGGCGACCCAAGAGACCGCCAGGAGGAGGAGCUAAACUCACAGGGGGAGGAGUCAAAGCCAACCGCAAACGCAGAGGUACCAAGGAAGAGCCAGCCUCCUGCGACCCAGACUCACUGCUCUGCGCCAAACUCGACCAACUCACGACCUGGCUCCAUCAGCACGAGCACGACCCCCUCCUCACCUGA